GAAGUUUUAGAUGAAGUUUUAAAGCAAAGAAAGGAGUAAUUUUAAUAAUGUGGAAAAAGAUUUUAGUUAUUAUAUUAGUUUGUGUUACAGGUUGGAAAACAGCUUCUUAUGCUUAUAAACUAAUUCCAUAUAAGAAGAAGAAAGAUGUUUAUACAAAAGUUCUUUUCUUUCCCGAUACCGAACUCGACUAUAGAAAUGUAUUCGAUUAUGGAGGAAUUGUCACGAGUAACAAUUUAACUUCAUUAGGUUCACUCGCUGUUCAUUUGCUUUCGGCUAAGAGAAGUAUAGACAUUUGUGUGUAUAUAAUUACUAGUCACUGUUUGGUUGAUGUUAUUCUAAAAUGUCACGCUAAAGGAGUGAAAGUAAGAGUUUUUACUGAUGAUAAUACGGGCGAAGGGAGGGAUUUGGUUUACGUACAAACAGGAAUGUUUAGUAAAAAGGGUAUACCAGUCAGGGAACUCAAUUCACCUUUUCUAAUGCAUCACAAAUUUGCCAUUAUUGAUGAAGAGUCAGUAAUAACAGGAUCUCUGAAUUGGACAUUGAAAGCUCUUACAGGUAAUCACGAAAGUGUUUUGAUUACCAAUGAAGAAAAUGUAGUGAAAGCGUAUAUAAACGAAUUUGAAAAGUUAUGGAAUACUAGUAAAACGUGAACCUUUAUAAACGAUAAAUUGUAUAUACAAGUGCAAUGUAAGUUAAGUUUUAAAAUAUUUGAGAAAAGUCUUAUUUGGUUUGUAAAUAAAUUAUUUCUAAACUAC